ACUCAAAGGUCAAAUCUUUCGAAGCUAAAUCAUAAAUGUAUUCACAAAGACUCAAUCUUUCAACAGAUCUAGUAUCUUCUUCCACUUCACUUUCAGACAGUGUAAAAAAGCUCUCAACUUGUGUCUAAAGCUGAGAUUGAUUUAAGACAUGGGUAAAGCUUCGGUGAUACUAUACAUCACUGUCGGGAUCCUCGUCCUCUUCCUGGUCUCUUACUCUCCCAAGAAGAAGAGCCACCACGACCACAACGGUGGUCACAACAGCCAGCAUCACCGUCUCAAACUCCGCUCUUCUUUCAAUUUCAAACCCACUCGUCACGAUCCAAUCCCUUUUGAUCCUCUCGUUGCUGACAUGGAGCGCCGUCGCGAGGAUAAGGAGUGGGAAAGGCAGUACAUUGAGCAUUCUCACCCCGAGCUAGCUUCUCCUGCGCCUGGUCAAGAGUCGCAGCCUGAGUGGGAGGAGUUCAUGGAUGCUGAGGAUUACUUGAAUGAUGAGGAGAAGUUCAAUGUUACCGAUAGGUUGAUAUCCUUGUUUCCGAAGAUUGAUGUUUCUCCCCUUGAUGGGUAUGUGACUGAGAGUGAGUUGACUGAAUGGAAUGUGCAGUCUUCUGCAAAGGAGGUCAUGCACAGGAGUCAAAGAGACAUGGAUGUUCAUGACAGAAACAAGGAUGGUUUCAUUUCUUUCUCUGAGUAUGAACCUCCCUCUUGGGCUCGCGACUCGGGUAACUAUUCAUUUGGGUAUGACAUUGGUUGGUGGAAGGAGGAGCAUUUUAAUGCAUCUGAUGCAAAUGGUGAUGGUCUGCUGAAUUUAACUGAGUUCAACGACUUUCUUCAUCCUGCUGAUACCAAGAACCCUAAGCUGCUGCUAUGGUUAUGCAAGGAGGAAGUAAGAGAAAGAGAUUCAGAUAAAGAUGGUAAGAUCGGCUUCGAUGAGUUUUUCCACGGUCUCUUUGACGCUGUGAGGAGCUACGAAGAAGACAAUCUCAAUGCUACGCAUCCUUAUCAUGACUUGCCUGAAGGCCCAGCAAAGCAGUUGUUUGCUCAGCUUGACAAAGAUGGUGACGGGUACUUAUCGGAUGUUGAAUUGCUUCCCGUUAUCAGUAAAAUCCAUCCUACUGAGCAUUAUUACGCAAAAGAACAAGCUGAUUAUAUUAUAUCAAAGGCGGAUUCAGACAAAGAUGGACGUCUGACUUUGGCAGAGAUGAUUGAGCAUCCUUACGUUUUCUAUAGUGCCAUCUUUGAUGAAGAUGACACUGAUGAUGACUAUGGCCUCCAUGAUGAGUUUCGUUAGUUUCUUGAUGGAUGGAAGAAUAACAUUAGGCGCAACACGUUAUAUAACUUCACGGAACAUCCCUUUCAAAACAGAGUGCAAUGAUGUUCUCUCCCACGGCUGGUCAGCUGAAGUUAGAAGAGUAUUUAUGAUUCAAAACAUCUGUGAAAGAAACAUAGUUGUCUUUGGAUUUAGUUCAGUCGUUAUGCGUUAACUAUACGUGACUUUCUCGAUUAUUGUAUGUUCUUCCUAGUAACACCUUUAAAGCUUUUAAUCUUAUAUAAGCAAAGCUUAUGCA